UUGAAGCCACUGAGUGGAGAGGGACCAUCUAGCUCCCAGAUGCUCGGCCUUCUGGAGAGCACGGCCCCUGUGGGUUGGAUCAUAGGUGCUGCUGUGUCUAUUCUGCUGCUGCUGCUGCUACUGGCCAUCUGCCUUUUCCACGAACCACAGGACCAUGACAUGGAGAGGAACCUUCCAGUUGGAGGAGAACGCAGAAUCAGGAGAGCCCGGCGAGCCCAGCAUUGGCUCUUCCAGGGCAGGGGCCCUCUGGGAAACAUUCAUCAUCAUCAUCAUCACCACCACCACCACCCCGGCCAUGUGAAUCAGGGGCCCCGUGUGGGCCUCCAUCACCACAACCACCACCACCAGCUCCACCUCCAGCACCAUCACCUGCACCACUCUCCUCACCACCUCCACCAUGCCCACAGAGGCUUCCGCUGACGCCUGUGGAUGGCAGUGCUCCCUGCCCUGCCCUGUCACCCAGCCCAAGGAUGAGUGGACCCUGAUGUCUCCAUAUGGAAGGAUGUAUCUCUGGGUGAAUGGGGGGGGGCACUGCUUGGGCUUCAUUUACAUGCUAUGCUCCCCCUUUCUGUGCACAGAGAACUUGAGGACUACCUGGAGUGGCCAUUUAGGAUUCAGGAGUGGAGAGCAGGAUUGGCUGGACACCCCAUUUUGUGUCAUAACAAGGGUGACUGGUAGAGCCAGAGGGCAGGUGGAGGCAAAGUGCUCAUUUGACUUUCCUUAGGCAACUGUGGGCCUCUGGCAGGCACGUAGCUGGAGAGCCCCUGAGAAUGCACUUUGGCUUGGAGGAGGCUGCAGACUCAACUCAUCAGUGCCUUGUAUGAAAUAAAGCCACCAAGAAGCUUU